UAAAAAAGCAUACAAAUGUCUUCGCAGCACUUAGUAUUUUCAUUUCUGGAAUUUUUGAGUUCCGAGCUUGGAUCUCGCUCGGAAGAUGAGCGAGAAAGUUUAGAAGUUGUGAUGGAGUGUUUAGAAAGAGUCUACAAAGUUUCACUGACAAAUCCUGCUGAUGUGUCUAGGUUUCACACUGAAAAACCUCUGACAGAAAUUUUUGAAUCAACUGCCACGAAUCAAACAUCCGCUCGUCAGUUUCCAACUGAUGAAGAUAGAGAAGAAGCAGAAGAGUUUAAGACUCAAGGAAAUAAUCUUAUGAAAGAUGGAAAGUUUGAAGAUGCAAUUGAAUGUUAUGACAAAGCUGUUAAGUUAGAUUGGACAAAUGCUGUAUACUUAUGUAACAGAGCAGCAGCAUACAGUAAAUUAGGUCAUCAUGAAGAAGCUGUCAAAAACUGUAAACAAUCUUUGGAACUUGACCCAAAUUACGGCAAGGCUUAUGGUCGAAUGGGAACAGCAUACAUGGCUUUAGAAAAAUAUCAAGAAGCUAGGGAUAGCUUUGCAAAGGCUAAAGAAUUAGAUCCUGGCAAUGUACUUUACUUAAACAAUUUGGAGACAGCAGAGGAGAGAUUACAACAAGCCAAAGAAAGGUCAUCAUCACAGGGAAUGGCUGGACAACCAUCAAAUUUUAUGAACUCACUAUUUUCUAACCCUGGAAUCAUGAACAUGGCAUCACAGUUUAUGGCAAAUCCACAGAUGCAACAAAUGAUGACCAAUAUGAUGUCAGGCUUCCCUGGUAUGACUACUGGUGAUGAUCAGCCAGGUCAACAACCUACGAGUCAGCCUGCAGGUCAGCAACCUACGAGUCAGCCUGCAGGUGGUCAGCCUGAUUCUGCGGAUACAACGACACCAGAAAGCAACCCUGGGAGUGAAGGAACUAACCCGGCACCAGCCGCCGGUGCUGGAGGGUACACGAACAUUUUUCAGUUUGCCACACAGAUGGCAGAACAAUUGCAGCAAAGUAAUCCAGAACUAGUUAACAAUCUCCGACAAAGCAUGCAGAAUAUACGCCGAGACAAUACAGGCCAAAGCGAUGAUGCAGAAGAUCCAAAUAAAAACGGAAAAGAAUAGGAUGUACACAAUAGAAGCAACAGAGUUAUGGAUUGUAUUUUAUCAUUGGGGAUGAACAUGGUCAUGGACUCGUCAUAUUAUCGCGUUCUAGCUCACCGGCUUUAUUUGUACUUGAUAUUCAACGCAUAUUCUGCCUUGCACACAUGAAAUCACAAUAUUGUAUUCCUUUACCAAAUGGGACUUGCCUUCAGAUAACCAUACCUAAUCUCUUCCGAAGAUGAUAUGACUAAUGCUGUACGACUUUAGAUUAAGUAUU